UGCGCGCAAAGGCUCGAGCGGGAAGGACGCGGGACGCGACUCGUCGUGUUUAUUUCUCGAGAAUCUUGAGACUACGACUAUUCAAAGUAACUACCACGGCGCGAUUUUCAAAUGUGCUGAUCGUAACCUUUCCGUUGUUUCUCCUUCACGCGUUCUACGUGAGUAUAACAUCGUCGGGAGUGCCGUACAAAGUGUCACGCAAGUGUGUUAUUUUAGUAAUGAAUGCGUGCGCGAUCGUUUAUUAUUGUAAUCGUGUUUCGCGAGUGAGUGUGCAGUCAAUGUCAUAUAAGAGGAGCAAAGGACAAAUACGAAAGAUGAUCAGGGAGGCAUCAGGCGACAGCGGAGCAACCGUAGGAUCAACGUUGUCUGCAACUCCGCUGCAACGCAUCGUCCGGUGAGCGUAUACAACAACAUCGUUCAACGAUAUAUCGACGGCGACACGGAGGACGCGACGUCGGGAGGCUUCGCUUUCCUCUGCUUCGACUGGAAGUACUCGGCCAACGAGUUCAUCGUCUUCCUGGCGACCGUGUUCGCUGCGCACCAGUCCAGGCUGACGGACUUCCGGCCGACGUUGCUGACGCAGGGCGUCGCGGUGACGUCCUCCCAUUCGCCCAGGAGGUGCAGCAGCAGGUCCUUGGCGCUACCGGGCUCGUCGAGGUUGAGGUUUUUGUGCAGGUCCUGCAGGUUCGAUAUCCUCGGCACAUCCCGGCUGGUCUCGCCGAAGGAUCGCUUCACUCGGGACCGUCGCCACGGAGGCGUCAAGUCCACGUCCUUGUCGUCCUUGAGGGAGGACGUCGCCUGGAAGGACGUCUUGCCGAUCGUCGUCAUCCUGCUGAACUUGCCGAGUCCGAAGGAGCACUUCCGAUCCUCCUUGCACCUCUCGGACAUCUCGCCGUCGCUGAUGCUGGUUCUCCUUAAAGCUAGGAACGCAGGAUUUUCCGGAUUCCCGUCCACGUCGUGUCUGUCGAAGCUGCGGCUACUGUGGAAGGUCGUCCCGUUCAGCUUCCGUUGCCGGGUGAUGCUGGACAACUUCUCCGUAAUCUCGUUGGUCUCUUUGGUGGAGACCAAAGAGCUGGUGACGUUGCUCUUCGGGUAAGAACCGCCACGAUUGUUCCCAACAUCGGGCUUCUUGAUGGAACGCUGCGCCUCCGACUUGGUCCCGUUGUCGUCCUCGCUGGAUGGCGAACCCAGAGCGAUCGUGCGAAGAUGUUCGGACAGCCUUAUGAUCUCCUCAGCUAGAGCAAUCUGGCUGGCUGGAUCGCGACGGUUCCUAGCGGCCGUACCUUCGGAGGCUCUCCUUUCCAAGGACAGGCUGAAACUCGGUACGGACAAGAAGCGAGUGGAGUGAAGCGAAUCCACCUUGUCGGACUGAGUGCUGCUGCUGCGAAGACUGUCGCAGGGAGACGGACUGUGUCCUCGCAGGGACGUCGAUUCCUCAGGGUGUUCGCGGAACGAGGGAUCUCUGGCCGAAUGAUAGGAAUCGAUCGUGUAAGGACUGUCCGGGUGCUCCCGCCAACGUUCGACGAACAGCCUGAGAUUGUCCUUGGUGACGUCCAGCUCUUCCUCGAGGUGCCCGUCGCGGAUGACACCUAGAGGACGAUUUUCGAGAAAGGCCAUCCGUUUGGCCGCCUCUUCCUGGCUCCUGGUCUUACUCGUUUUUCGCGCCAGCCAACGAUGCUCCCGACAUUGCGCCGCCGUCAUUCGCUUUCUGAAAGAUUCGAAAGGCCCGAUUGAUGGUCUCUCCUUGUUCCGUAGAGACACAAGAGUGUUCCAAGAGCGAACAGUUAAGACGAAAACGCACAGACGAGGAAUGCGGUGCAAGAAUGUGUCCGAUGAAGAUGCAGACGUAUAUAUGUGUGUGGGUGUGUGUGUGCGUUCGUAUGUAGAUGUGGGUCAUGUGUGCAAAAUUCUCGAGAAAUUAGCUAACCGACGAGCGAAACGUUAUAUAUCGAUGUUACUUCGUCGUUUGACAUUUGGAUGACGUUCUCGGUGGUCAUUAAAUACCGUUGUCGAAUGCAAUGGCAGUGAAAUAAUGGCUGCUAUACAAGACCGGAACAGCAUACUUUCUGCUAGAGUUAUCAGGAAUGCGGUCAUAUUUCAUAUACAUUUAAUUACGAAAUAGAGAAUCACUCAUCUGUCCUUUCUUUAGAGACCGGUAAAGUCUUAUUUACCGAUGUUGAUCGAAAAAUAGUUUGGAAUCAUUCAUAAUAAUAAUAAUAAUAAUGGAGGCCAGGAUAGCUGUAAUAAACGCAAGUUGCUCGUGUGAAUCAUCGCACACACCCUCGCAAACGAGGAAAAAGGAGGAUUAUAGGGUUCGAGAAAGUUUUCACAACAAUAGCAACAAACACAUGAUAUGAAAUGUAAAGAAGGGAAGAAACAGAGGUAGUUUGAAACAGACUAAGCAGUUUGCUACUUGGAAAUAUGGAAGGGGAAAAAAUUAAGGAAGUACAGUAUUAAUUUUAUGUGCAGCGUGAAAAAAGCAUACUUACUCUUUGUCUUUCACCAGGAGGCAUCUGAUGAAAUCUUUCGCGUCCUCGGAAAUCUCGGCAAAGGCUUCGUGGUCAAAAUCGUAUUUCGCUAUGGUGACGUUGGCCAUUGUCUCUAUAUCCGUAUCGCCCAUAAACGGUGACAAACCGGACAAUCUAUAAAGUCUGUAGCUGAAGUAUCUCUCAUGUGGACAAUCGUUUCAUUGUCAAAAUGAGUCGGUCGAGUUCACCGGUCAAGAUCGAAGGCACGAGAGAUUCCGUCCGUCUGAUUUGACAACACGCACCGUCACUCAUGGUGUGAGUGAAGAGAAAACGAAUUAUUUAUAGCUAAUUUUAAAAUCAUCUAAGCACAAUACUGGGUGUACUAAAGCAUGCAACAUGAGAAACUGUUACUGCUAACGUGGAAAUUGGCCAAUGACUCGAAUAUAUUCAUUUAUCAUCGAAUAUAUUAAAUUCAGACAUCGAGGGAGAGCGCUUUGCGAUUAUAUAAAGCGCCCAAUGUUUUAUUUCAAUCGCCAUUUGAUCCGGCCUUGAUAGAGAAAUAUUUUCAUCUUGGUUCCGAGACGAUCCAAACAGGAAGAAGAAGAGGAAAUUGUCGAGGGAGGAAUCUCAAGGCUGGACCAGCACACAACGAGAGAUUAAUUUGAGCUGAUCUCGCGUGAUCGACACGUCGUUGGCACGACGCUUCGACAUCUAUACGCAUCCGUUGAUCGACGAAUUUAAUCACUCACCGUCCGAGCUCUGCCUGGAUGUCAUAAUCGUCCUUGAACUCGACUCCCCGACGUACUGUCACAUCUCGAUAGGGGAAGCUGGGCUCGAUCUCUGAAAAAAUUAUCGUAAAAAUAUUACAACGCAAUCGUUCAUGUAGGAAGGAAGAGAAUGCAAAGAGACACAAAUUAGAGAUUCCACAUAUGCGGAGAUUCCGUGAAAAUAGCCUCCCUGUGUUUAUAUGUGCGUAAAACGUACAUUCUUGCGUGUUACUAGAAUGGAUGAAAUCGUUAAAUGUAUCGACUUGGAUCCGGCAGCGGUCCAUGAGUGACAACACAACAUGAUCAUCGACGUCGUGAUUAAUGAAUGAAAAUGUAAAGCGCUCUAUUUACUCAAUUACUCAACACUAAAAUGGGUUAUACGGAAGAGGAUAGUGAUAGUGUUGCAUCUGAUCUUCAGAAUAAACAUGAUAUUUACAUCGAAAUUGAACAGGAUAAGAAGAAAUAUGAGUGUAUUUAUACAGGAUGUCAUGCUGUAUUUCUGCGACCUUCUAGAUUACAAAGGCACAUACGAACCCAUACUGGAGAGAGACCUUAUAAAUGUGAUUAUCCAGAAUGCACAAAGGCAUAUACCAAUUCUUGUCAUUUGAAAAGACACUUGGAAACUCAUAAUUCCAUGAAAAAAAUAUACCAAUGUCCACAAUGUUCAAUGUCAAUCAGUUAUCUUCACAAUUUAAAACGUCAUUACAAACAGAUGCACAAUAAAGAUAAAAAAAUUUUCUGCAAGGAAUGUGGUGAAAGUUUUAGUAAGAAGAAUCAAUUAGCUGAACAUGAAACUAUACAUUUUGGAUCUAUCACUUAUAAGUGUGAUAAAUGUGUCAAAAGUUUUACAAAUAUCACUAAAUUUAAACAACAUAAAAAAGCACAUGAAAAGCCCCCUAAAUGUUAUCCCUGUCCAGUAUCCGGAUGCUCGGAGGUGUUUGAUAAAUGGCUACUAUUAUGCGCACAUAGAAGAGCUAAACAUGUAACAACUUAUAAAUGCAACAAUUGUGACAAAAGUUUUCUUAGUAAAUCUAGAUUGAGAAUACAUUCUAGAAUACAUUCUGAAAAUAGAUUGGUUGUAUCAUGCCCAUAUGACAAUUGUCAUAAAACUUAUUUAUUUAAGUACAGUUUGGAGCAACAUAUAAGAGCUACACAUCUUGAAGAAAAAUUUUAUUGCGACAUGUGUUCUGUAGGUCUUACGACGAAAAAAAAGUUGAUAGAACAUAUUCAACGUCGUCAUGAACUCAAGAAACAGAAAACAUCAAAAAAAGAGCAAAGAAAGAAAAGAAAAGAUGCUGGUAUACCUAAGAAGAGCGUAUUAUCUGGAUUAAUGGGAGUAAAUUUGCCGUACAAUUUAGAAAAAAUGGUGAUGGAACGAGAAACAGUGAUAACAACAGAUAACAAUGAAUCAGGAAAGCUUAUCCAAUUUCUGCAAAAUAAUAUUAUCAAUCGAUAUUUAUUACAACACUGGAUAAGAAGGAAGCUCAAAAUAAGUUGCUGCAGACUAAAUUAAUAUGAAUUCGAUCGACAUUGAGUCAUCAUACAUAGACAAUGUUGAUGGGACAUACCUAUUAGAGCCAUUAAUAAAUGUGCUAAAACGUGUUGAGGGGAAAACUGAGAAAGAAAUUAUUCCCGAGAUCAAUUUUUCGGAUGAAUUUCCUUCGCAUGAAGUGGUUUGCCCUGAAGAAAAAUUUAGUCCAAAACACGUCAUCAAUUAUAUGAUAAUCAGAUAUGAAUGUUUUCACUCUGACAUUCAAGUAGAUUCUGAUUUUCAAAACAUAUUAUUUAUAAGUAUUUCGACGAGGACGAAUCAUGCGAAAUGCGUAUUACAUUCUCUAACAUUAUGUCUUUCAUUACUGAUAUUUUCACUAUAUCUUUUUUAUAUCAUAUACAAUAUGCGAUAGACACUAAGAAGUUGCAAAUAAUAUAUGAGUUAAAAGACAUGAUGGAACAGAAAUAUAAUAUACAGAGCGAUAACGUCCCUAAUAAAGAUGCGAUUACCAUAUUUAAA